AUGAAAUCAUCUUAUUAUUUGGAUCUUUUGCGAGGACAAUGUCAAGAAUUACCUGAUGUUCGAUCGAAAGUUGUACGAGUUUUUGUUAGUUCAACAUUUACAGAUACAUUAAUAGAACGAGAUUCUUUAAUUGAAAAUAUCUUUCCUAGACUUAAAAAUUAUUGUCGUGAAAAAUAUGGAUUAGAAUUUCAGUAUGUCGAUAUGCGAUGGGGUAUUCAAAUUGAAUCAGCAAAUAAUCAUGGAGAAGUUGAAACAUGUUUAAAAGAAAUUGAAUUAUGCAAAAAAUAUUCUGUUGCUACAAAUUUUGUGGUUUUACUUAGUCAUCGUUAUGGUUCUCGACCAAUUCCAGCUCAAAUUCGUGCAUCACUUUUUGAAUUAUUAAAAGAAACUGUUUGUAAUGAAAAUAAUGAAGGAAAAUUAUUAACUCAAUGGUAUCAACUUGAUACGAAUUCUAUACCACCUACAUAUAUUUUAAAAAAUAUUUCAUCUAUUAUACCGAAUUUUUUAUCAAAAAAUACAGAUGAAAUAAAACAAGCAGAUAAAGAAUGGAAAAAAAUUAAUAAUCGUCUAAGACAAUGUCUUCGACAAGCAGCAGAAACAUGUCUUCAACAAGGACAAAUUACUGAAAUUGAUUAUGAUGAGUUUUUUAUAUCAAUUACGGAAAAAGAGAUUAUCAAUGGAAUUUUAUCAUCAAAAGAUGCUAAUGAACGUACUUUAUGUUUUUUACGUGAAAUUGUUGAUAUUCAUGAUCAUUUAUCUGAUGAAAAAACAUCAAAAUUUAUAGAUAUGUCAUCAGAAACAGAUAUUGAUCAAGAAGCUAAAAAAUUACUUGAUCGAUUAAAAAAUAUUCGUAUUCCAUCUAUUUUAAAAUCUCAAAAUAUAUUUAAAUAUAAAGUUCAUUGGUCAUCAAAUGGUAUUAAUGGACAAGAUCAUUCAAAAUAUAUAGAACAAUUUAAUAAUGAUUUUUAUACAUCAAUUAAACAACAAAUUGAUCAUUGUGUUCAAUCACGUUAUACAAUUGGUUCUGAUAGUUUACAACAUGAAAUAUUAGAACAUGCUAUACAAUGUAAAACACAUAUUGGAAAAUUUCAUGGAAGAAUUGAUGUUUUAUCUAAAUUAGAAAAAUAUAUAAAGAAUAAUAGAGAACAUCAACCAUGUGUUAUAUAUGGUGAUUCUGGAUGUGGAAAAACAAGUGUAUUAGCAAAGACUGCAAUAGAGAUAUUUAAAUGGUGGUCAGAUCGAUCUGUUUCAGUUAUUUUACGUUUUCUUGGAACUACACCAUCUUCUUCAACUAUCUAUAAAACAUUACAUUCUAUAUCAGAACAAAUAUCUGAAAUAUAUAAUAUUCCUAUGAUUUCAUAUUCAGAUAUCAAUCAACUUUGUGAUCAACUUGAAUUAAAUCUUCUUUUACAAAUACCUAAUAAUGAAUAUCUUGUUAUAUUACUUGAUUCAAUUGAUCAAUUACAUCGUGAUGCAUAUGAUUGUAAAUGGUUACCAAUAAAAUUUCCAUCAAAUAUUAAAUUUAUAAUAUCAACAUUACCUGAUCAUGAAAAUAUUUUUGUAAAUUUAAAAAAUAUUUUAAAUGAAAAUCUAAAUUUAUUUAUAUAUAUUCCACCAUUUGAAUCAUCAACAGUUGAAAUUAUUUAUAAUGAUUGGCUUGCAAUAAAAAAACGUUCAUUAAAUAAUGAACAACAUUUAUUUAUAAAUAAUUUAAUGAAGAAAAAAAAUCAAAUUCUUCCAUUAUUUAUGAAACUUGUUUUUGAUAUAAUAUCUAUUUGGCAUUCAUAUGAUCCAAUUGAUGAAUGUUUAAAUGAAUUAAAUGAUGUUGAUGAUUGUAUACGUUAUUUAUUUCAACGUUUACAAAUAAUUCAUAAUAAUAUUUUAUUUAGUCGAUCAUUAUGUUAUAUGACAGCAUGUCGAAAUGGUAUUAGUCAAAAUGAACUUGAAGAUAUUCUUUCACUUGAUGAUGAUGUACUUAAAAGUGUUUUUCAACAUUAUAUACCACCUGUUAGACGUUUACCAGGAAUAUUAUGGACACGAAUUCGAAAUGAUUUAGAUGAAUAUAUUACUGAAAAAGAAGUUGAUGAUACACCUGUUAUUUAUUGGUAUCAUCGUCGAUUUAUUGAAGUAGCUCGAGAAUUAUAUAUAUCAAAAUUAAAAGAUAAAGAUCGAAAAAUAAUUUUUCAAAAUGUUGUUGAUUUAUUUACAGAAACAUGGAAUGGAAAAAAUAAACCAUUUAAAAUUGAUGAUCCUAAAUUAGUUAAAAAAUAUAAAUUAGAUCAAAGUAAUGGUGAAAUUCAAGCAAAUCGUUUUACAACAUCACAACCAAUUGAAUUUAUUGAUUUUAAUGGUCGAAUACAAUAUAAUAAACGAAAAUUAAAUGAAUUACCUCAAUUUUUAAUUCAAUUAGCACCUACUAUAGCACUUCCAAUAGCAGCUGAAGAAAUGUUUUUUAAUUAUUCAUUCAUGCAUGCCAAAUUUAGUUGUUCAUCAUUUCUUGAUAUUGAAAGUGAUUUAAAUCAAUUUCAACAAGUCGAUAUAUAUGGAGAAUCCGACGAAGUUGAAAUAAUUCAUGCAGAACUUACUCUUCUUUUUACAACCUAUAUGGUAUUUGGUCAUUUACUUAAUCAAUAUCCAGAUAAUUAUGCAUUUGAAUUAACAUCACGUUUAUUAACAUUAUAUGGUUUAAGUCCAAAUAUUACGAAAUUAUUAAAACAAUGUGAUGAACAAAGUCCACAUCAUUGUGGAUUUAUUGUACCUUAUUUUCAACUACAACCACCAGGACAUGGUUUAAUUCUAUCCAUAAAUAAACAUGCAAUGCCUGUUGUCGAUCUUAAUCUUAUAAGUAAUGAAUCGGCAGCUAUAUCACUAUCAAAUAAAAUAAUUGUUAUUGAUAUGGGUUCAGGAGAUACAGUAAUCGAUAUAAAAUUACCUCAAUUAAAUGAACCUUAUUUAAAUUCAACUACAUUACCAAACAUGAUUAUUCAUCAUACUAAUCAAGAUAUGAAAAUAGAUAUAGAUGAUGAUGAUGAUGAUAAUGAUUUACAUGAUACCGAUGAUGAAGAUAAAGAAAAAUUUAAACAUUAUACAUUUUUUGUCAAUUCAUUCCAUCAUAUUUAUCUUGUAUCAAGUCAUGGUGAUAUUAAAUUUCAUCAAACAUCAAUAAAAGGAUAUUUAAUUGCUGAAAUAAUUAAUAGAAAAUAUGGUUUAUGUAUUCUUGUUGAACAAAAUUCUAAUUCUAUUCAAUGUUGGAAUUUAGAACAAAAUAAAUUAUUUACAAAAAUUGAUUUAUCAAUAAAAGUAUCAAUAAAAAAAGUUUUAUGUUCAAAAUUAAAUUCAUUAAUAAUAAGUAUUAUUCUCGAUGAUGGAUUUAUUCAUUUUUAUACUUUUAAUAAUUCAACAUUCAUUCAUCGUGGUACAAUUAAUAUUGGUAAAUAUUUAGAUCAAGUUAUUAUUAAUAAAGAUAAAUUAAUUUGUACAUUUAAUUCAACAAUUCCAAUUGAUUUUGCUUAUAUUGAUUUAAAUUCAUUGAAUCAAACACAACAAAUUUUUUUAUCUGAUAAAGAAAUCAUUAAAGUAUUAAUUGCUUUUAAUCCAUCUAUUAUUCCUAAACCAAUUGAACGAAUUAUAUUACCCGAUGGUAAAGAAAAGACAAAUGAUGAAUCAAUGAAAAUGUUCUUUAUAAUUUUAACAAAAGAAUAUUUAUAUAUUGUACAUACUUGUAUGAAAAAAGAUAUAUCAUAUGUACGUAUUCCGGGUCAAUAUAAUGUUGUUACAACACGUGCUAAAAGUCCAUAUUAUAUAUUCACUGCCCGAGGUGGUAUUGUUAAUAUAUUUAAAUGGCAAUGUAUUGAGGAAGAAGAUAAUAGACAUGAUAAAUGUAAUAUAUAUCACAAAUAUCAAUUAUUUGUUUCUAUUGAAAUUAGUUCAUCUCCAGUACUUACUAUAAGAACAUUAAGUAAAUAUGAAGCUAUGAUUUUAUGUUCAAUGCAAAAUGGAAUUAUCAAUAUAUAUCAUAUGUUUGAAGCACGAGGAGCUUUUAAAAAUGUACCAUCGUUUUCACAUACAAAAGAAUUAAUUGAUACAAUUCAAUUAUCUGGAACAAAAGCAGUCACACUCGAACCACUUUUUCGUCUUCAUCUUCAUUAUCCAACACGAGUGUUUUUCAUUGAUGAAAAUACUUUUAUUUUAAUUACGAACGAUGGUUCAAUUCGUUGUAUUACUCAACAAAUAAAUAAAAAUAAUAUUAAAUUUAAUCAAACAUCAAAUAAACAACUCAAUAUCAAAUGUUCAAGACUAUUUACUUCAAUAUUACCACUUGAUUCCAUACCAUCACUUAUUAUACUUGCUGAUGAUGAACAUUCAUUAGGAAUCUAUAGAUCAAAUGAUAUUAUUUAUAUGAAUAUUGAUCUUUCACAAUAUUCAUCAAUACGCUUAUUACGUAUGACAAGUGAAAAAAGUGAAGAAUUUAUUUUAUUUUAUUUUGAAAAUAAAUCUCUUAUUUCAUGUCGAAUUCAAUUAUCAACAAAUAAAAAUUCCUAUCAUUUAAUACCAUUUGAUACAGCUGAUAUUUAUUGUUUAAAAAAUAAUUGUUUAGCAACAGUUAUUAAUGAUAAAAAUCGAUUAAAUUUAUAUAAUAUUCAUUCAUGUGUUUGUCAUGAAUCAAUUCAACUUGAAAAUGAAUGUGAACAAUUAUGUCUUAAUGAAUCAGGAGAUUAUAUAUUUGCUCUUGUUAAAUCUCGAAUAUUAUGUAUGUAUCGUGUUAUAGAUCGUUUUCGAUUAGGAAGAUUAUUUGUUUAUGAUUUUGUAACAAGAAUGAUUGUUAGUAAUGAUUUUAUUGUUUUGGCAAUGAAUGAUCGACGUUUAUUAACAUUAAUGAUUGCUGAUCCAGAUGAUUCAACAUUACAAAUAAAAAUUCAAGCAUUACCAAGCAGACAAUUCAAACAAGAUAGUCAUUCAACUAAUGAUGAAGUUGUUAAACGAAUAGAAAAAUUUAUGAACGUGAUUUCAGAUGAUUCUGAUAGUGAAACUGAAAAUGAACAAGAAAUGAAUGAUAAACAAUUUGAAAUAUAUAACAAAACAAAAGUAAUUCAACCAAUUACUUCAUAUCGUUAUGUUCGUCGUCUUAAUGGAAAACUUUCAUUAGAAAAAAUGAAAACAGAUGAAUCAUAUCGAAGAAUUUUUUUUAAAACUUACAUCUUUAAUUCAGAAGUUGUUGAUUCAUCUAAUCUUGUAAUUGAUGAUUCUGAAAUUGAUGAUGAAGAUGAAGAUGAAAUUAAUUCUUCAAUUGAACAAGAACAUAAUCUUGAUGAUAUACGUGAAAAAACUUUGGAAUAUAAUCGACAACAAGUAAAAGGAAUUCAAUUAGCUAAUGCAGGUGCAAAUAAUUUAAAAAUCAUAAAUAGUUAUUCAGUGACAUCAAGUACAUGCAUCAUUAUAUGA